GGGGGGGGGGGAGCCGGGAGGGGGGUGGGUGUCCUGAGAACAUCUUAUAUAAACCGGAUUCACUGAGAGGAGGAAAAAAAAGAAAAGAAAAAAGGAAAAACCGAUACAAAAUAUACAAGCGAAAGGCAACAACUCCCCGGUCUCCAGCAGUCGCCCACCCUCCCUUCCCUUAGCUCCUGCUGGCCAUCUGCCUUGGGUUUUCCUUUGUGUCUGAUCCUUUACUACUGAGCCGAGUGCAGGAGGAGGGUGCAACACACGCAGGGACUAUGCCCAGCUCGCUUUUUGCAGACAUGGAGAGGAACGGAGCGGCGGCGGGCGGCGGCGGUAGUGGUGGUGGAGGGGGAGAGACCCUGGAUGACCAAAGAGCCCUUCAGAUCGCCCUGGAUCAGCUCUCCCUAUUGGGGCUGGACAACGAUGAGGCAGGCUCCAUUUACGACAGCGAGCCUCGGAAAAAGAGCGUGAACAUGACUGAAUGCGUCCCCGUGCCCAGCUCGGAGCAUGUCGCUGAGAUAGUGGGGGAGACAAGGUGGGUGACUUGCAUGCGAGGGGGUGUGGGUGAGCGGGGCUCCCUAACCGGUUUUGCCCUCCUCCCCCUUCUUCCCCCCUCCCCUUCGCCCUCCAUCUCCGGCAUCUCGUUCCCAGGUUGUAAAAUCAAAGCUCUGCGGGCAAAGACGAACACCUACAUCAAGACCCCGGUUCGCGGGGAGGAGCCGCUCUUUGUUGUGACGGGCAGAAAGGAAGAUGUGGCCAUGGCGCGCAGGGAGAUCAUCUCGGCGGCCGAGCACUUCUCCAUGAUUCGAGCCUCCCGGAACAAGAACACAGCCCUGAACAGCACCGUUCCUGGUCCCCCGAACCUGCCCGGCCAAACCACCAUCCAGGUGCGGGUGCCUUAUCGCGUGGUGGGCUUGGUCGUGGGGCCCAAGGGAGCCACCAUCAAGCGCAUCCAGCAGCAGACGCACACCUACAUCGUGACCCCGAGCCGGGACAAGGAGCCGGUCUUCGAGGUGACUGGCAUGCCCGAGAACGUGGACCGGGCCCGGGAGGAGAUCGAGGCGCACAUCGCCAUGCGCACUGGUGGCAUCAUCGAGCUGACAGACGAAAAUGACUUCCACGCUAACGGCACGGUCGUGGGCUUCGAGCUGAACGGCACGGGCAGCCUCUGGAGCAAACCCACGCCACCCAGCAUCACGCCUACCCCGGGCCGCAAGCCCUUCUGCAGCUACCGCAACGACAGCUCCAGCUCGCUGGGUAGCGCCUCCACCGACUCCUACUUCGGGAGCAGCACGGGACGGGCGGCGGAAGCCCGCUUGGCUGACUACAGCCCCCCGAGCCCGGCGCUGAGCUUCACCCACAACGGCAACAACAAUAACAAUAGCGCCAAUGGCUACGUGUACGGCGGGGGCGGCGGCAGCGACGUCCUCUCCUCCCCGGAGUGCUGCUCCGAUCUGCCCUUCGACUCUCCGCCCGGCUUCGACCUGGCGCCCGCCCCGCCGCCGGGGUCCGCCCUCAUCUGGCCGCAGUUCGAGCGUGGCCCCGCCGCGCCCCCUUCGCCCGCGCCCUCGCCCGCCGCCGCCUUCCAGGGCGCUGCGCCCGCCAAUGCCAACCUGGCGCUGCUGGUGAGUGGCCCCCGGCGGGGCGGCGGCGCCCCGCCCCCGGCGCGGCUCUCCCCGCCCCUGCACGGCAGCGCGGCAGGGCCCGAGCACCCGCUGGCGCGGCGGGUGCGCAGCGACCCCGGCGGGCGGCUGCUGGCUGCCUCCUACCCGCUCUACGCCAACGGGCUGGGCUCUCACCUGCCGGGGCUGCCUUCCGACUCGUCGGCCUGCUCCUCCUCCUCCUCUUUCCUCCUCUCCUCCUCCUCUUCCAGCUCCUCAUCCAGCUCCUCCUGCUCGUCGUCGGGAGUGCGGCGGAAGGGCAGCCGUGACUGCUCGGUGUGCUUCGAGAGCGAGGUGAUUGCGGCCCUGGUGCCCUGCGGCCACAACCUCUUCUGCAUGGAGUGUGCCAACCGUAUCUGCGAGAAAACGGAACCGCAGUGCCCCGUCUGCCACAGCGCCGUCACCCAGGCCAUCCGCAUCUUCUCCUGAGGGCCGCCGCCGCGGGGAGCGGGCCUGGGGGCGAGGGCCAGUGGGGCCAGGGGCAAGGCCAGUGAGGCUGGGGCCGCCGCCCGCCAAGGGGGAGCAAG